GAUAUAUAAAGGCUUAGAAUUCAAAGGUAUGUCAAAAGUCAAAACCCUUGAUAGGGUUAACUGUUUAAGCCCUUGUCCCCAUAGCUUUCGAGGCGCAAACAAUGGCUGCCAGAUUCUUGAUUCCAAGGAGUUCAUCCAAAAACCUCACUCAACUCUUUCUACCACGUCUCCAGUACUCUCACUUCCCCUCCACGCCCCUUCACUCUUUGAUGCCUCGUCCCAGAAACUCGAGGGGCUUUUCCUCUGAACCUCCUGCUUUUGCCUCUGAUAACCGCGUUCCUGCUACCGUCAUCACUGGCUUUCUCGGCUCUGGAAAGACCACUCUCUUAAAUCAUAUUUUAACUGCUCAACAUGGCAAACGGAUUGCUGUUAUCGAAAACGAGUUUGGUGAGGUUGAUAUUGAUGGAUCAUUGGUUGCUAGUCAUUCAUCUGCAUCUGAAGAAGACAUUGUAAUGGUCAACAAUGGUUGUCUAUGCUGUACCGUGCGCGGAGAUCUAGUUAAAAUGCUCUUGGAGCUGGUUAAGAAGAAAAAGGACAAAUUUGACCAUAUUGUUAUCGAAACCACAGGUCUUGCUAAGCCAUCUCCUGUUAUAGAAACCUUUUGUUCUGAUGAACUGGUUUCACGAUAUGUGAAACUGGAUGGAGUUGUCACUUUAGUUGACUCAAAGCAUGCCAUGAAGCACCUGAAUGAAGUUAAACCAAGAUUUGUUGUGAAUGAGGCAGUUGAACAGGUUGCUUAUGCUGACCGUAUAAUUUUGAAUAAGAUAGAUUUGGUCACUGAGGGUUACUUGGAGAAACUGACUGAUAAAAUCAAGCAUAUUAAUAACAUGGCUCAAAUCAAGAGAGCAAAAUUUGGAGCUGUUGACAUGGACUUUGUUUUAGGGGUUGGAGGAUAUGAUCUUGACAGAAUUGAUUCUGAAAUUCAUGUAGAUGAUUCUCACUGUGGCGACCAUCAACAUGAUAGGCAUGGGCACCACAAGGAGCAUCAUCAUGAUCAUUUGCAUGAUUCUGCUGUCUCUAGUGUUAGCAUUGUUUCUGAGGGAACCCUUGAUCUUGAUGAGGUUGAUGAUUGGCUUCAAAGAUUGAUUGAAGAGAAAGGGGAGGACCUAUAUAGAAUGAAAGGAGUCUUAUCUGUGAAUCGUUUUGAUCAGCGUUAUGUUUUUCAGGGAGUGCAUUCAACAUUAGAUGGCUGUCCGGGAAAAACGUGGGAACCUGAUGAGAAGAGGACCAACAAGCUCGUAUUCAUAGGAAGAAAUUUGGAUGAAACUGCACUUAGAAAAGGUUUCAGAGGUUGUCUAGUUUGAUUGAAAGCUAAAUUGAGAAAUUUUUCGACUACAGAUAAUUGGACAAGAAUGGAACUACAAUGCCAGACUUACUAGUGUCGUUGGUGCUUGUGUUGGUCCUUUGGUGCGUGGGUUCAUCUUACAAUUUUCAAUUUGGUUUGUCAAAAUUUAGGCAGGUUAAGGUCAAGUUAGAUUGAAUGCUGACCCAACGAUUUUGGCCCUUUGUGUUAUUUUUUCAACUUUGUAUAAUUGUAUUCAACUUUAUAAGACUAAGCAAAUGUGAGAAUUAUAUUACGAGGAAAAAAAAUCAGGCUCUCUUUCCUUUUUUAUUUUUCAAUUAUUUUUUAAAAAUAACUUUAAUUAAUAUUUAUAAGUAUGACUUUGACGAUUUAUGAAUGUGUUUUAUUAUGGCUACAAAUGACGAUAAAUAAUAAGAGUAAAAAGAUGUAAACAGGCAAAUCCAAAAUGGAAGGGCCAAAAAAGGGGAUAGAUUUGGACAGCUUUGGACCUCCUUGUUUGGUCGAAGCGAAUAUUCUACCGUCACUGCCAGCUCCCCGUUCUUGACAGGUAUCUCGACACGUAUCCCCUCUUGCCGAACCAUUCAUUUGGACGACCUCGGAUGCAACCUGAAAUGACCUGUACUUCCUCCAUUGUGGGCCUGCAACGUGAUUCCUCGAAUAUUCCAUUCUUCUCGAUCGCCGGUGAUAUUCCACGCUGGCACUGACGUGGCAUCGCCAGGAACCCUAUAUACCAAUCUGCUACGUCUCCCUCCUUUCUAGAGCCGCUUCUUUUUCUCAUAUAUCACCGUUGGAUCAUCAUCCUAGAAAAUCUAAAAGAUUAACGCUUAAUGCAGACGUACACGGGAGAAGAAGAAGAAACUUAUUCCGUUGCGUUUGUUUUCUUGCAAUCAUGUUUGUUUGCUUAAGAUUCGUCGCCGAGCUUUCGUCUAUAUGUUCUUCA